UCCCAUAGUUUGUAAAGCAGAUCACGAAAAGAAUAAUAGCUACACAAUGGCAGAAACGCAACAUACAAACCAGACCAAUGACGAUUGGCGUCGCGUUGUUUUAGAAUGGGUGAAAUGUUCUAACCUUCACAGCACAGGCGAUACAGUUCGACUGGGUUCGGUUUUCGAAGCCUUCAGAAAGAAGAUCGUUGAAACGAAUCAGCUUCGGGAGACUAAUAUCAUCGAGUUUCUACGCGUCAACUUCCCACAUUUCGAGCUCAAACUCAACGAAUUCAACGAGAUUCCGGAUUGUGACAACGUUUAUGUUUUUUCUCUGAUGCUGUACUUCUCGUGUGUCCGCUUGCCGAUUGAAUACUUCCACAACGUUUGCAAAACUUUCAGCGACGCCUACCAACGCAGUGUGAAAAUGUUUCUGGACUCUUUUCUGGUCGAUUUCAACCAUAAAAUACAAAUCGAUCGAUGCUUCCUGAAUACAGCAUUCUCCAACGCCACCAACUCGACGCGUAACAAACUUGAGCAGCAUUCGGAAUCAAAAAUAGCGAGUUCUAGUGGUGCCCAAAUCUUCAGCAGCACUCCUGCGAAUAAGUUAGAGAAUAAAAUACCGUCCCCACAGACACCUAAAAACAUCUCACUAGAAUGGAAGCUGAAGAAUCUAACAAAUCUUCUGGAUUCUGCCCGGUCAGAAAAUGGGACUCUUGAAAAGCAAAACGAACAGCUCGUGCAGAGAAUCCAGAAGCUGAACGAAGAUAAACAAAGAUUAUUGAUGAAGAUAAAAAUAAUGCAGCUUACGGAACAACAGUGCGAAACGCAUAGCUGCUCGAACGAGCGAGUGGAUGCCAAUGAUCGUCAACAUGAACUAUGCCGUAAAAAGCUAGAGAAAAAUAAUGAAUUAAUCGAAUUGCUCCAGGAUGAAAUAAACAAGGCAAAGGAAAACGCCUGUAUGGAAUUGGAACAACUUUCGGCGGUGAAAACAAACAACAUGCAGCUGAAGCGAGACAUCCAGUGUCUUGAAAGCACGAUAGCAUCGUUGAAUAAGGAGCUGUCUAGGCAGGGUGAAAUCAACGAAAGUCAGGCGGAGGUGAUCAACGACUUGCGCCGGUUCAUUCGCGAAUCCCGGUUGGCUUGUUCGGAACGCUUAGCUGAACCAUUGGAAAGUUCAUUUGAAUAUUUCGAUAACUUCAGCGAACGCUCUUUAUUGGAUGAAAACCGCUGCUUAGAACCGGAAAAUCUUGCCUCCACAGUAGUAGAGGUCAAGCUGAGGGAGCAGGAGAUAGAGAACGAAAAACUAAUGAAACAGAUUGAAAAACACAUGAUGGAGAUAAAACAGCACAAAGAGAAUACAAAUCUCGUGAUCGCUGACAACAAAUCAAAGCUACUCGAGCUGCAGCGGGACAAAGCGGAAAUUAAUGUUAAGCUUGCAGAACUGCAGAAAACGUUUUCGGAAACUGUCGAGAGCAAGAAACAACUGGGGGAAUUUUUAGAAAAGCUGCAAGUAGAUCACAAGAGCGUCCAAACUGAGCUGAAUACUAAGGUUUCAGAGCUGCAGAAAUCGUUGGUGGAAUCUAUCGAGAGCAAGAAGCAACUGGAGCAAAUUCUAGAAAAGAUGCAGGCAGAUCACACGCGUUUGCAAACGGAGAUGAAUGCUAAUGUCGCAGGACUGCAGAAAUCGUUGGUUGAAAAGGAUGAAACCGUCAAACAGGUGGAAAAGAAACUGGAAGAUUACAAAUGCGUGCAAAAGGAAAUGAAUACUAAUGUUGCAGAACUGCAGAAAUCGUUGGCGGAAACGGUUGAGAGCAAAAUACAGCUGGAAAAAGCUUUGGAGAAGCAGGAGGCAGUUCGUAAGCGCGUCCAAACAGAGAUGGACGCUAAGGUUGCAGAACUGCAGAAAACGUUGGCGGACACGGUUGAGAGCAAGAAGCUGCUAGAAAAAGCUCUGGAUGAUCAGCAACAAAGUCAUGAGCUCGUGCAAACGGAGUUGAAUGCUAAUGUUGCAGAGCUGCAGAAAUCGUUGGCGGAAACAGUUGAGGGCAAGAAGCUGCUGGAACAAGCUCUUUAUGAUCAGCAACAAAGUCAUGAGCUCGUGCAAACGGAGUUGAAUGCUAAUGUUGCAGAACUGCAGAAAUCGUUGGCGGAAACAGUUGAGGGCAAGAAGCUGCUGGAACAAGCUCUGGAUGAUCAGCAACAAAACCAUGAGCGCGUGCAAACGGAGAUGAAUACUAAAGCUGCAGAACUUCAGCGCGUCCAAACCGAGAUGGAUGCUAAGGUUGCCGAACUGCAGAAAACAUUGGCGGAAACGGUUGAGGGCAAGAAGCUGCUAGAACAAGCUCUGGAGAAGCAGCAGGAAGUUCGUAAGCGCGUCCAAACCGAGAUGGACGCUAAGGUUGCAGAACUGCAGAUAACGUUGGCGGAAACGGUUGAGAGCAAAAAACAGCUGGAACAAGCUCUGGACAUCCAACAACAAGAUCACAAGCGCGUUCAAGCUGAGUUGGAUACUAAGGUUUCAGAGCUGCAGAAAUCGUUGUUGGAAUCUAUCGAGAGCAAGAAGCAACUGAAACAAGCUCUGGAUGAUCAGCAACAAAAUCACGAGCGCGUGCAAACGGAGCUGAAUGCUAAUGUUGCAGGACUGCAGAAAUCGUUGGCGGAAAAGGAUGAAACCGUCAAACAGGUGGAAAAGAAACUGGAAGAUUACAAAUGCGUGCAAACGGAGAUGAAUACUAAAGCUGCAGAACUUCAGAAAUCGUUGGCGAAAACGGUUGAGAGCAAGAAACAGCUGGAACAAGCUCUGGAGAAGCAGGAGGAAGUUCGUAAGCGCGUUCAAACCGAGAUGGACGCUAAGGUUGCAGAACUGCAGAAAUCGUUGGCGGACACGGUUGAGAGCAAGAAGCUGCUAGAAAAAGCUCUGGAUGAUCAGCAACAAAGUCAUGAGCUCGUGCAAACGGAGUUGAAUGCUAAUGUUGCAGAGCUGCAGAAAUCGUUGGCGGAAACAGUUGAGGGCAAGAAGCUGCUGGAACAAGCUCUUUAUGAUCAGCAACAAAACCAUGAGCGCGUGCAAACGGAGAUGAAUACUAAAGCUGCAGAACUUCAGAAAUCGUUGGCGGAAACGGUUGAGAGCAAAAUACAGCUGGAAAAAGCUUUGGAGAAGCAGGAGGAAGUUCGUAAGUGCGUCCAAACUGAGAUGGAUGCUAAGGUUGCAGAACUACAGAUAACGUUGGCGGAAACGGUUGAGGGCAAGAAGCUGCUAGAACAAGCUCUGGAUGAUCAGCAACAAAAUCACGAGCGCGUGCAAACGGAGUUGAAUGCUAAUGUUGCAGAACUGCAAAAAUCGUUGGUUGAAAAGGAUGAAAACAUCAAACAGGUGGAAAAGAAACUGGAAGAUUACAAAUGCGUGCAAACGGAGAUGAAUACUAAAGUUGCAGAACUUCAGAAAUCGUUGGCGGAAACGGUUGAGACCAAGAAACAGCUGGAACAAGCUUUGGACAACCAGCAACAAGAUCACAAGCGCGUCCAAACUGAGCUGAAUACUAAGGUUUCAGAGCUGCAGAAAUCGUUGGCGGAAUCUAUCGAGAGCAAGAAGCAACUGGAGCAAAUUCUAGAAAAGAUGCAAGCAGAUCACAAGCGUGUGCAAACGGAGCUGAAUGCUAAUGUUUCAGAGCUGCAGAAAUCAUUGUUGGAAUCUAUCGAGAGCAAGAAGCAACUGGAACAAGUUCUGGAUGAUCAACAACAAAAUCACGAGCGCGUGCAAACGGACUUGAAUGCUAAUGUUGCAGAACUGCAGAAAUCGUUGGUGGAAAAGGAUGAAACCAUCAAACAGGUGGAAAAGAAACUGGAAGAUUACAAAUGCGUGCAAACGGAGUUGAAUACUAAAGUUGCAGAACUGCAGAAAUCGUUGGCGGAAACGGUUGUGAGCAAGAAACAGUUAGAGCAAGCUCUGGAGAAACAACAAGAAGCUGGCCAGUGCGACCAAGACAAGAUGCUGAAGUGCUUGGAGGAUGCGGAAGCUGCGAAGCAGCAGUUAACGGACACACUUGAACAUCAAUAUGGUAUCGUUAGCAGCCUUACUGCUCAGUUGCAAAACCUGUAUAAAGAACACGGUGAAGUGUGCAACAAGCGCGACGAGCUGUACGAAAAAUCGGAAGAACUUUCCACCCAGCUUGAAAUGAUGAAGAACAAGGCGGACAAUUCAGAGUCGCAGUGCGUCAAACUGCUGAAGCAAGUUUCGGCACAGAAUGAAGCGAUAGUGUCGCUCAACGAGGACCUUAAAAAGAAGGGCGCCAUUGAGCAGGAAAAGGACGCGCAGCUGCGGCAGCUCCAUCAAACACUCGAGGAGAAGCAGCAGAAAUCGUGCAAGGACUGUGAAAUUCUUGCCGGCAAGCUAUACCUGGCUCGAACGCAGUUGGAGGAGAGUCGCGUAGCUCGGGAGAAGGAAGUGUCCGCCGCGCUGGAGAAGCUGGACAAUGUGAGGAAGAGUUACGAGGAGAAGAUCCGCGAAGCGCGAAUCGUAGUCGAGGACAAGAUGGAACGAAUGAAAGAGCACAUGAAGAAUAUCCACAAGGAGAAAUUAGUGAGGCUGGAACGUGAACGACAGGAGCUGCUCGUUUCGCUGGAGCAAAGCUACAAGCAGCGGAUGGAAAACCUGGAAUUCCGUUGCGCAACGCUGCAGAAGCAGGUGGCGGAGAUGAACGAACGUGACCUGCAGAACCGGAAGGAAAAUCAGCUGCUCCAGACGAAGCUGAAAACGAUGGAGGAGACUCGGAGCGAGCGGAAGUCCCAGCUGUUGCCACCGCCGACCAACGUCAGGCUGCGAUGUAAUCUCAAGAUGGAGGAUGAGGAGGGUGAGUUGUUCAACAACAUGUACCUGGCGGAUCUGCAAAACGGCCGUUGCACUUCGCCGACGUCGAGCGACGGCGGGUUUGGUGGGAUGAACCGCAGAUCGGAGCUGAUGCGUCGCAACUCGAUGCGGCUGCCGCACCUGCGCACGACCUACACCGCACUCGAGCCCGAAUUCGAUCUGCCUGCGGACGAUACUCGCGAAAACGUUUCAUCCGCGUUCGACGACAGCUCCACCGGGCUGAUCACGCGCCGCAAGGUCACCGGCAUCACCUCGUACAAGCGGCCCGGGCCGCCGACACCGAGCAAAAAGGCUGGCCGGCUUUCACUGGGCGGCGUGCUGCCCGGUGCAAACCUCGAGAUCCAGUACAAGGAGGCCCUGCAGGAUGCGAACGUGAAUGCUGGUGCGGCGGAAGAUGCAAGCGGCUCGCGGGGGGCCCUAGCCUCCAGCGAUCAAGGCCGUACUGGGCGCACCAAGACGCCCGGCAAGUUUAAGCAGAUGCUCAGCUCAUCGAGUUUGCUUAGCAACUUCCAGCGAGACGAGAACACCUCACCGGGGCGACGGGUCAGCUGGUUUAGCAAGAGUAAAAAACCCUAGAGUGGCAGAGGCUGGGGGCAGGGGGGGCUGACGUGAGAGUCCCUUCCCCCCACGCUCGUCGUUUCGGCAAACUCUACCGCGUUCGGCAAUGGUGCAAUCCUCCACCGGAAUCAAAACCCCCUUUCCCUUUUUCUUGAUAUAGCUAGAAAGAAGAACACACCGGUGUUUGCUUAAGUUUCAUUUAUUAACUUUAGUCAAAGUCGCCUAAAAUAAGAGUAAUAAUAAGAAAAAAAAGUAUUAUCCAAAUGAGAAAUUCUUUCAACGGUUAAAAAGAAUACACGCACACGCGUUGUGCGCCGUUCCGGAAAAGCGAAGGAAACUCACGGAAUUGUCAACCGUGCGUUAGUUUAAAAUACUUUUAAAAUUGUAAUUUAUAAUUAUUAUUUCAUAAUUCAUUCCACUCCUCCUUCCAUAAACAUUUAUAUUUUCUUAAUGCAUUUCAUGCAUGCCUGACGGAGAGGAAAAAUGAUACAGUGAAUUUCAACAGCUUUCCUACCUUAAACGAAACCGGUACACAACGAUGACGGAUUAAAACGAUGGUGUUUCAAACUAUACAUUGCAUUGUUUUUUGUUGUUGUUUUU